GGUAUUUCGUCCCAUACACGGUCACACUCGUGCACUGUGGAAGCAAUUUUUCGCAACUUGAUAUUAAUUCUGUUUGAUCGGCUCGGGCAAAAUGUUUUCCAUUCUGGUCGGCUGGCCUUAGAAAUAGACGCCUAAAGUUCGAUUCAAUUCGCUUGGCACCAGCAAUCUUUCAUCCGCGCAAGAGAAAAGCGAGGAAAGUGUAGAGCGACCAGAGCCCUGUUGAAACAGAGUCGGCGAAGGAUUGGUGAAGGGGGUGGCGCAGAGGCGGCUGAAGGCAAAAGUCUUUUAAGGCGAUUCAACGACAAAAAAGCCAGGGCCAUUUACCUUUGAUUUUGCAGGCAUGGAGAGUCCUUGUGAAUCGGAGAGCUCGCUGGACGGCGGCACUAUGCUGCCCCCGAGUCCAGUUUCCCGGGAGCAGCUCCAGAAGCGGAUCGAGUCGUUGACCCAGCAAAACAAGGUGCUGAAAGCCGAGCUGGACACCUUUAAAACCAAGUGCAAGGUGGUGCAGGAGGAGAAUCGCUGCCUCAAACAGGCUUCGGUCAUCAUUCAAGCCAAAGCCGAGCAGGAGGAGGAGUACAUCUCGAACACGCUACUGAAAAAGAUCCAGGCGCUGAAGAAGGAAAAGGAGACGCUGGCGCAUCACUACGAGCGCGAGGAGGAGUGCCUGACCAACGAUCUCUCCCGGAAGCUCGACCAGCUGCGCCAGGAGAAGUGCAAGUUGGAGCAGACGCUCGAGCAGGAGCAGGAGUGCCUGGUGAACAAGCUGAUGCGCAAGAUCGAGAAACUCCAGGCGGAGACGGACAACAAGCAGACGAACCUCGAGCAGCUGCGCCGCGAAAUGGUCGAACUGGAGAACACGCUGGAGCAGGAACAGGAGGCGCUGGUCAACAAGCUGUGGAAGCGCAUGGACAAGCUGGAGACCGAAAAGCGUUCGCUGCAGAUCAAGCUGGACCAGCCGGUCUCCGAUCCCACUACGCCGCGCGACAUCACCAACAAUGCGCAUGCCAACGGUGGUGACACGGCCACCAGCUUGAGUGCCCACAUCCAGAUACUUCGCUCUGAGGUGCUCCGAUAUCGCUCCGACCUGGCCGCCGCCCAGAAGGAGGCCACCAUCAAGACGCAGCAGUACGCGCUGGAGGAGAAGUCGAUACGCGAGGAGAACGCCCGUCUGCAGCGAAAACUCAAGCAGGAGGUGGAGCGCCGCGAGGCACUGUGCCGGCACCUCUCCGAAUCGGAAUCCUCGCUGGAGAUGGACGAGGAGCGCUUCUACAACGAGAGCCUGAUGGCCGGCGGUCCGACGGCUGCAGCGGCGGCGGCAGCAGCGGCCGCAGCCUCGGCGGUCAGCGCCCAGCGCCAGCGCACCAUCAGCAGUCCCGUCUCCCACAGUCCCUCGAGCAGUCGGCCCUUGAGUCCCGGGACGGCGGGCCAGAACCGCUGCUACGCUUGCGGCCAGUUAGUGAAUCGUCGCGCCAGCGAACGCUUUAUCAAGCCAGCACUGCCAACGCCCAUGCUGGGCCUAAACACUUCCGCACCCAACGUGUUGACCUCCACGAACCCGCUGCUCGGCAUCCUGGGCACCGGCAGCUCCUCCUCGUCGGCAUCCGUGUCAGCUGGGAACGCCGCUGGCGGCUUCCUCUCGAAUCUGGGCGGCGAACGCCUCAGCCUCGGUUCGAUGCCCUCGUCGGGCGGCAGUGCCACCUUUUUGGCCGGCGGCGGCGGCGGAGGAGGUGGAAGCGGUUUGCUGGCCCAGCUGACGGGCAACUCAAGCGCCUCGUCGUCGUCGUCCAACCUGAUGAACAUCAGCCUGAAUAACUCGUCCAGCGGCAAUCUGGUGAACAGCAGCAGCAACUCCUCACUGUCGGCGUUUACGCCAACCAAUCCGCCCAGCUCGGCGGCCACGGCCUUCAUUCAGCCGGCCAGUCCCAUGGACACGUCCACCUGCAAGGAUUAGGCCAGGAUCGGGAUGCAGUUGCCCUGCAACAGGGGAAACCGAAAGAAAUCAUGACUUAUUUUCACUUUCACACACUACACGAGAAACACAUACACUAUAAUCAUAAAAAAACACGCACGCAUGCAAGCAACCAGUUAAACGACCGUAAAAACAUAAGGAAACACACACAGAAAACAAAUAUGAGAAAGUAAAUAUCGUAAGCUUCUCCAAGGCACGACUCAAAGUCGGCUCAUUUAUAUAUGGUUAAUAUGUAUAUGUAUGUUCUAUUUGAUCAAAAUCUCUUAAAACCUUUCAAUAUCGGAAUUCCUAGGCGAACGAAUAUUUAACGCUAAUGUUUAAGAUUUGAAUGUUUUCUACUUUUGCUCGGUUCCAGUUAAAGUUAAGUGAAAAACAGCAUAUAAUGAGGAUAUCGGAGAUUUGGAGGAUAUAGAGGAGGAGGAUGGACAGCACACGCUAACCAGAUCGUAUGAAUUUAUAAAACGGUGAAUUCUAUUCAUGUCGAAACCAAUUUCCCACAAUUCCUUCGCACGUGGGCCUAAAAAUUUUGAAGUAUGUUUAUGUAAGCCAACAAAAUAAAGUUCAACAAUUUAAAAUUAAACUAA